UCUGUUAAAUAUUGAAAUUGUUUAUUUGUGUGUAACAAGUGGUUUCUUUUGUUAACAAAUCCGUCAAACCUAAACAAUUUUCGGCAAUACAGGUGGGUUCCCAGAGGCUGGCCGGAGGCGUUGAUGGGAGAAGGGUGGGAAAGGGACACAGUCACUGCCACCAUGGCCCUGGCGUCCCGGUGUGGCUGAAGAGCUGGCCUGCUGAUGAACCUCCCACCCCCCUCAGGUCUUGACGGUGGAAGCCUUUCUAGGCUCCUUAUGGAACUGCCCUCUCUGCGAGGCUGGAGAAGCUGCCUGCCGGCCUCCUCCUGGGGUGGCUGAGAAAUGGGCCCCCAUUCCCCAGCAGGCUCUGCCUUCCGGAAACAGAGAGAAGGCCAGGGAGGGUGCAGCCUGGCAGGCACUGCGGAUCUGCCCCGCCCUGGGGCCUGGACCAUCGGUGUUGACUGUGGGCAGCUGACCCUGCCCUGCCAGCAGAGCGCUUAAAGCCGCCCAGGCUCUGCUCACCUGAACCCGCCACCAUGAAGGCUCUCCUCCUCCCCCUGCUCGCUGCUAACUUGGCCUUGCAGCCGGGUGAGGCUUGGGUGGGCCCUGGGGCAGAGCUGGGGGAGCAGGCCCUGGGGGUGGGAGGAUGAGGGAGGCAAGAGGGGCCCAGAGGGAAGAGGUGGCUGGGAGGAGGCAAGCAGAAGAAGGGGCUCGAGGCGCCGGUGGAGCCUGCGUGCAGGCGGGCUGCUGGCGGCCUGUUGGCCCUUCGCUGUGUGGACCUCAGCUUCGACCUGUCCUGCCCGAGGAGAUGAAUCACCAGGAGCUGGAGCCUCGCCCCAGGGACAGAGCCGGCCCGGCCAGGGAUGCACCCACCACUCAUCGUUCUGGGGACGAGGCCACUGAGAGGCACCUUGCCCGGUGAUGCAGGCCAUUUGGGAAGGGUCCUGUCCACCCUGCCCUCCCCUGCCUGGUGCCCCUCCCUCUCAGGAAUGUGGCAUUGUGACAGGGCCUUAGGGAGGCUGGGCAGGGCGCCCCCAUGUGCGGGGCCCCUAGUCUGUGGCUCUUGUGCACGGGACGGUGCCCCCUGCUCCAUGCAGGAGAGGAGUAAACGAGGUUCCUGUCCCCCGGCACUGCAGAGAGGGGCAGCCCAUCACCCCACCCCUCAUUCCCCCACAGGCACCGCCCUCCAGUGUUACUCCUGCGAGGACCAGGGCAACAAUGAGGGCUGCCAGCGUGUGCAGAACCAGGGCUGGGCCGAGCGCGUCGAAGCCAUCGGUCUCCUGACAGUCAUCAGCAAAGGCUGCAGCUCGCACUGUGUGGAGGACUGGGAAUUCCUUCCGGAGCAAGAAAAUGUCGCAUGCUGCUCCCCCGACCUGUGCAACGCCAGCAGGGCCCAGGCCCUGCGGCUGGCCGGCGUCACCUGGGCGCUGCUCGGUGCUCCUGGCCGUCUGCUGCCCUGGGGCCGGGCCCAGCUGUAGGAUCCAGGAGGACCCUGC